AACACAGCUAGGUGGGCUCAUAUGUUCGGGGAGAGGACCAGGUCAGACCGCUGCAGUGAUUACCUGUCAGAAUCAGCCUCAGUGACCGCUCAGAUGACGAGAUGGCAGCUGAAUCCACCCGGAGAUUCACCAAGAACCUGCUGAAGCCGGGGAGCGCCGCGGAGAUACGGCAGACGGCGUGCAACGCGGUCCGACUCUCCGCAGUGACGCAGGAAAAGCCUAAGCUGAUUGACCCUCUAGACUAUGAGGCGGUCAUUUCAGAGCUGGGGGAUGAGCUGAAGGAGGAUCCUCUCAGAGACCUGCUCCUUUUUCCAGAUCAUGACUUCAAGGUGUCUACUGUGCCUCAGGAGAGGCGGACUCUCCAAUCGACAGUCCCAGAGGGGGCAGAGGGAGAAGCUGAGUGUCUGCUGGUCAGACAGGCCUGUAUGUUUUAUAACUCCGACCUGAAUGUAGUCCAGUUUAUGCAUGAAGACUACGCUGGAGACUACCGCCUCUUGCCCAGAAAAUUAUUCAAAGCGGAGAAGCUGCCAUCCCAUUCUUUUGAGAUUGACUAUGAGGAUGUGGACAAGGAUGAGGACACCACUUCUCUAUCCUCCUCCAAAGGGGGUGGGGCUGGAUCAGGCACAGGAUGCAAUGGAGUGUUUCGGUCAGGCUGGCUGUACAAGGGCAACUUUAACAGUACUGUCAACAACAGUAUCACUGUGCGGUCUUUCAAAAGGAGAUAUUUCCAGUUGACUCAGCUGACAGACAAUUCCUACAUCAUGAACUUCUAUAAAGAUGAAAAGAUCUCAAAAGAGCCUAAAGGGUGCAUCUUCCUUGACUCCUGCACUGGUGUAGUACAGAACAACAGGCUGAGAAAGCAUGCCUUUGAGCUGAAAAUGAAUGAGGUGACUUACUUUGUGCUGGCCGCGGAAAGUGAGCAGGACAUGGAGGAGUGGAUCAGCACCUUGUCUCGUAUUUUACAAAUCAGUCCACACGAUGCACCUGUGCCGGACCGCAAGAGCUUGGACCUCACUGAACACCGCCAAGAUGUGUUCGAUCUGUCGUUGGGUGACAGCUGUUUGCAGGAAAAUGAAGACACAACAGAGAAUGGGAUCAAUCCUGAGUUGGCAAAGUAUAUUGCAGAAACAGAUGAGGGAAUUCGCUGUGCCAGAAGGGAGGAGAGACUGAACCUUUUUUCUCUUGAUCCUGACACCCCUGUUUUAAGGAGCCCUCGAUCUGAACAUUCAUCUUCUGAGCCAACUGUGCGUCCCUUUGAAGAGAAGUUGGGCAGAAGGUUUAUGAUCACCUGUCAAAGCCUUAACCUCAUGCUGCAAGGCUCCCUCAAUGAAGUGGACACUGAGCCAGUAACCAAUGUUGAGCCUUUCUUUGUAUCAUUAGCCCUAAUGGAUAUAAGAGAGGGCAAAAAAAUCUCGGCAGAUUUCCAUGUGGACUUGAACCAUGAGGCUGUGCGUCAGAUGCUUGGGGGCUGCUGUAAUGGUCAAGCAGUGGGGCUAGGAGGACAGGAGAAUGGCCUGCCUUCUUCAGAAAAAAAAUCAGGGGACUGCUACCUCAGUCUGGAUUUGGAGCACUGGCUCUGCUUCCCCAAAAAGGCAAUCUUUUCUGUGACCAACCCCCACACGGACAUAGUAAUGGUGGCCAGAGUGGAAAAAGUGUUAAUGGGAAACAUUGCAUCUGGGACAGAACCAUACAUCAAGAACACGGACUCUAGCAAGACAGUACAGAAGAUUAUUAAAUCUAACAAGCACUUCUGUAGCAAACUGGGAAAGUACCGCAUGCCUUUUGCAUGGGCUGUGAGGUCAGUGUUUAAGGACAACCAUGGGGCCCUGGAUCGAGAUUCUCGUUUCUCACCUCUUUUCAGACAGGAGAGCAACAAAAUAUCCACGGAUGACCUGAUAAAGCUAGUCAAUGAAUACAGAAGGGCUGAGAAGACAAGCAAAUUACAAACUAUUCCAGGGACUCUGGAUAUUGGAAUGGAUUAUGUGCCAAUGGAGCAUCCAAAUUGCUUGACCUCCUCCUAUGUCCCAGUAAAGCCAUUUGAAGAACUGAGCAAACAUCAGCCUACAGUAGAGGUUGAGGAGUUUGUCCAAGACACAACUAAGUUCACCCAGCCACACCGUGUUUACAAGAAUCACAUCUACGUCUACCCUAAACACCUUAAGUAUGACAGCCAAAAGAGUUUUGCAAAGGCUCGUAAUCUUGCAGUCUAUGUAGAGUUCCGCAGCUCAGACGAAGAAAGUGCCAAGCCAGUAAAGUGCAUAUAUGGCAAGCCAGGAGGGCCACUUUUUACCACAUCAGCCUGUUCUACUGUUUUGCAUCACUCUCAGAACCCUGACUUUUAUGAUGAGGUAAAGUUGGAGCUUCCCACACAUCUUCAUGAAAAGCACCAUCUUCUCUUUUCCUUUUACCAUGUCACAUGUGACAUUAAUGCAAAGACAAAUGCAAAAAGGAAAGAAGCUCUGGAGACGUCAGUGGGAUAUGCUUGGCUGCCGCUCCUUAAAGAGGGCCGUCUUGCAACUCAGGAGUUCAACAUCUCGGUCUCCUCAAACCUUCCACCGGGUUACCUGGGAAUUAAAGAAGCCUGUAACACCAAGAGCUGUGCAGAUGUGAAAUGGGUGGAUGGGGGAAAAGCCAUUUUUAGAGUGUCCACCAAUGUGAUCUCAACUGUAUAUACUCAGGACCCCCACUUGAACAGAUUCUUUCAGCAGUGCCAGAAAAGAGAGCUGGACCUCUCUUCACCUCCUACCUCAAACUUCCUUAACUGCCUGAAGGGUCUACUCAGUAUAGAAAGAAUCCCAGUCAUUAUUCGAUUUCUGCCUGUGUUCUUCAACCAGCUCUUCAAGGUUCUGACUCAAAAUGAUAAUGAUGAGGUCACUACUGCCACCACAAGAGUGCUGGUCCAUAUUGUUUCAAAAUGCCAUGAAGAAAACCUGGAUCAUUUCCUGCACUCUUAUAUAAAGUAUGUGUUCAAGACAGAGGCUCAUGGAUUCAGAACAGUCCAUGAGGAGUUAGCCAAAGGAAUGACCUUUGACCUGAAGAGCAAUGACCAGGCAGCAGUCAAAAACAUACUCAAGUUUUCUUGGUUCUUCUUUGAGCUCAUAGUCAAGUCCAUGGCACAACAUUUGAUAGAUGGUAACAAAGUAAAGCUUCCAAGGCCCCAGCGUUUUCCCUCAUCUUACUUGAGCCGCGUGGAGUCCCUGGUGGAAACUGUGUCUGAACACAUUUUUUGGAAAAACAAGGACUUGCCAGAGGAAACACGCAUUGCUAAUGGAGCUGUUGCUGCUUUUGUCAAGCGCUGUUUUACAAUGAUGGACAGAGGCUUUACUUUCAAACUCAUCAGUAACUAUAUCAACAUGAUUACUGCAACUGACAGCAAGGCCUUAUGUGAGCUAAAGUUUGAGUUCCUGAGAGAGGUGUGUAACCAUGAACACUAUAUCCCUCUCAGCCUGCCUUUACCUUCUGCACGCAUCUCAGACCACGCAUCCCCAGAGCCACAAAGUAUUCAUGCUUCGAUUCCUGAAUACAACCUGACAGGAGAGUUCUGCAGGAAGCACUUCCUGACUGGCCUGUUGCUACGGGAACUGGGGCUGGCACUCCAGGACGAACAGGACCUCCGACACCUGGCAUUAGCAACCCUCAAGAGUCUCAUGGCCAAGCACUCGCUAGAUGCACGCUAUGCUACCAAGGAGAAACAGGCAAGAAUAGCUUCCCUCUACCUUCCUCUGUAUGGUCUCAUCCUGGACAACAUGCCACGAUUUUUCCUCAGGGACAUUAUUCCAAUCUACUUCACCUCCAGUGAUCAAGGCUCUCGGGACGACCUGAGUGUGAGCGGUGGCGUGGCUGGAGCAGUUAUUCCUGUUACUCGCCAUGGCAACUCGGUGGAUGCCUCCUUCUCCAAAGAAGUACUGAACUCCAUCACAGCUUUCUCCUCCUUGGCAGUUGCCACGGGUAACCAGACCGACUCUAGGGGCUCUCUGAUAAGUGUGGACUCAAACCCUAGCAACAGCGACAGGAACAGCGAAAGGAUGGACGGAUGUGAAAAGUUUGCUAGACCACAGUCCUUGAUUGGCUAUGGUUCGCGUUGUGACAAACUGGAUCAGGCAGAGACCCGCAGCCUCCUCAUGUGCUUUUUACACAUUAUGAAAACCAUUUCAGAAGAUGUUUUGGUGUCAUACUGGCAUAGAGCCAUCCACCAAGAGAUCUCUGACUUUUUUAACAUCCUAGAGUUGUGUCUUCAGCAUUUCAGGUUUCUUGGAAAGCGCCAUAUUGCCAGGAAACUAGCAGCGGCAGUAAAGCUGGCCCAGUCAACCCAAGCCAAUGGCACCCUGAAGGCCUCUAACCAUUCCUCUCAGCCCUCCCAACCCUCCAGUCUCCUUCCACAAUGGAUGUCAUCUGGAGAUGGCCACAGACAUGCUCGCUCCCAAACCAUGCCCAUCAUCAGGGGCAAAAAUGCACUCACUAACCCUAAGCUGCUACAGAUGAUGGAGACAGGUAACACAUUUUCAUUAAAUGUAUUAUUAAGACAAAUAGUUCUAAAUUAUAUUUUGUGUGUAGAUGGGGGCAUCCCAGAAGGAGAUUCCAGUCCCACAGAUGUAGAGGCAAACCUGUCCACAGAGGUGUCCCUGACUGUGCUGGAUGUACUGGAGCUUUUUGUUCACCAUCACAAGAAACAAUUGUUGCUGGAUGAUGGGCAGAAUGUACUGAUGAAGAAGGUGCUGGACACCUACAUGCUCUACUUUCAGAUCAAUCAGUCUACUGCCACACUGCGACAUGUCUUUGCUGCUCUCAGACUUUUUGUUCAAAAGUUUCCCAGUGCAUUUUUCCAGGGUAAGGCAGACUUGUGUGGCUGUCUCUGCUAUGAGAUCCUCAAGUGCUGUAAUCAUCGCUCUAGCUGCACUCAGAUGGAGGCGGCGGCCCUCUUGUAUUUUGUCAUGAGGAAGAACUUUGAGUUUACCAAAGGAAAGUCUAUAGUCCGCUCACACCUUCAGGUCAUCAAGGCAGUGAGUCAGUUAAUAGCUGAUGCUGGCAUUGGUGGUUCGCGUUUUCAGCAGUCUCUUGCCAUUAUUAAUAAUUUUGCCAAUGGUGAUGUGCAUCUGAAGAACACCCCAUUCCCAGCGGAGGUGAAAGACUUAACUAAAAGAAUCCGGACAGUUCUGAUGGCCACAGCCCAGAUGAAGGAGCAUGAGAAAGACCCAGAAAUGCUGAUUGACCUGCAGUACAGCUUGGCCAACUCUUAUGCUAGUACACCUGAGCUCCGGCGUACUUGGUUAGAAAGUAUGGCAAAGGUCCAUGUUCGCAAUGGGGAUCUCUCUGAGGCUGCUAUGUGUUACAUCCAUAUAUCAGCACUUAUUGCAGAAUCACUGAAGAGAAGAGGCUACUGGAGAGCAGACAAGACCAGGAUUUCCACUGUGUCCACAGAAGAAAACCCUGUCUUUAACUGUAGCUCCUUACUAACUACCUCCCGAGACCCAGACACAUCCUUCUCUAUGGGUUGGGCGGCCUUUAUGUGCAUUAGUCCAAAUGUGAAGGAGGAAGGGGCUAUGAAAGAGGACACAGGCACACAGGACACACCUUAUACCGAGGACACUUUAGUAGAACAGCUGGAGCUCUGCGUGGACUAUCUGUGGAAGUCAGAACGACAUGAACUCAUAGCAGACAUCAACAAACCUGUCAUCGCUGUCUUUGAAAAGCGCAGGGAUUUUAAGAGGCUUUCAGAGCUUUACUAUGACAUCCAUCGUUCCUAUCUAAAGGUGACAGAGGUGGUCAAUUCAGAGAAAAGACUGUUCGGACGAUAUUACCGAGUCGCUUUCUAUGGCCAGGGUUUCUUUGAGGAAGAGGAGAGCAAGGAGUUCAUCUACAAAGAACCAAAGCUAACAGGACUGUCUGAGAUCUCACAAAGAUUACUCAAACUCUACUCUGACAAAUUUGGAGCAGACAAUGUUAAGAUGAUCCAGGACUCAAAUAAAGUGAAUCCUAAAGACCUGGAUCCGAAAUUUGCCUAUAUCCAAGUGACCUACGUGGUACCAUACUUUGAUGAAAAAGAGCAGCAGGAAAAAAGAACAGAUUUUGAAAGGCAUCACAACAUCAACCGCUUUGUGUUUGAGACCCCCUUUACUCUGUCUGGAAAGAAACAUGGUGAUGUGGAAGAGCAAUGCAAGAGGCGCACCAUAUUAACUACAAGCUCCUACUUCCCCUAUUUAAAAAAGCGCAUUGAGGUAGUGGAACAGCAAAGCACAGAAAUGAACCCAAUAGAAGUGGCUAUAGAUGAGAUGUCCCGGAAGGUCUCUGAACUCAACCAGCUCUGCAACAUGGAGGAAGUGGAUAUGAUCAGACUCCAGCUGAAGCUGCAGGGCAGUGUCAGCGCUAAGGUCAAUGCUGGACCUAUGGCUUAUGCCAGAGCAUUUUUAGAAGAAAAGAAUGCCAAGAAAUAUCCAGACAACCAGGUCAAACUACUCAAGGAGAUUUUUAGGCAGUUUGCAGAAGCGUGUGGUCAAGCAUUGGAUGUGAAUGAGCGUCUGAUCAAAGAGGACCAGUUGGAGUAUCAGGAGGAAAUGAGGACUCACUACCGGGACAUGCUCACAGAGCUGUCAGGCAUCAUGAAUGAGCAGAUUCCUCAAACAAGACAACCAGGAACAGAACGUCACAGCGCAUUUUGAAUGGGCCAACCUCAGUGGGCCAUCAUUAAAGGACCGCUUAACCCUUCAUGGUGCCAGUAUGGGAUAAGAGCUUGUAAUUUUCUGAAAUUGUGAGACCACUCAAAGAAAGAAGUGAGUAGGCUGUGGUUGUGGUAGUUUGUAGUCUUGUGAUUAUACUUGACUGUCUACUAGAAGUCAGACUGUUUGCUACUAUUGUUUUGAAAUUGGCUACUAUUGUUUUGGAAUUGGUCAUUUGUGAAUUAUGAGUUCCUUUAUCUUACCAGCUGAUUUAUUAGUCUACAUACACACACACACACACACACACACACACACACACACUCACACACACACUCACACAGCUCUGCAAUGCUUUUACUUACAGUAUUUUGUAUAAAACACACACAGACACAGAAAUUACAUGCGCCUUCUCUUCAAAUCCCACUCCCUUUAGAUCAGUGUCCUUAUUGAGCUUGAGGUGUGUUCAGCAAUUGAAUGUGUUAACUGAAUACACUUUUAAGUCAGUUUUCAAUCUCUGUAAGAGGUUAUGAAAGAUGACAAAUACUGUAUGAAUUGUAAUAUAUUUAUAACACAGGCCAUAUUUCACAAUUAAAAUUGGAUAGUUGAACGCACCUCUAGUUCCUGACUGAAUGUAGAGCAGCUCCACAUUGCUACUUUGAACCUUUGCUAACAUUCACAAACUUUCUGCUUAACAGUUUUCAACUGGGAAAUGUUUUGUAACAUUUUUAUCACUGAAAUUGUUAUUAUUACAUGUGCUGUUUUGAAUUGUAAAUAAGAAAUAAUAAUAUUUAAGUCCGUCUUUUUAUAUAAAAUAAUCUAUAUAAAUAUUUGUUUAGCUGAAUUGAAAAAAGAACAAAACGGAUGUUUUGUGUAUAACGUUUAAAUAAAAAUUGUUAUAGUCCAAA